GCCUGUCUCUCUCUGUCGCCCAGCAGGACCCCAUCCCUGUGUAGAGACUCCAUCAGUGAGCGACGAGGACAGAGCCGCUGUCAGUGGGACCCCUCCUCAUACCCCCCCUGAGAGCCUGGGGGGGCCGAACACCCCAGGUGGUGACACCCCCAGCCCGGGCGCUGAUGGAGCCCACCCAGGUUGGGAGGGGGCCGUGCCCCUCGGGGACGACGGAGAGGAGGAGGGGGAGCUCCCGGGCUGGUCCGGGAACGCCGGGGAGGACCGGGGCGAUAUCCGGGCGCCGGCCGCCAUGUUGGGGCGCGGUGCCCCCCAGUGCCCCCGCAGCGAGGAUGUCACUGGCGAGGGGUGGCGCUCCCACCGCAAGCACGUCUUCGUGCUCAGCGAAGCUGGCAAGCCGAUCUACUCCCGCUACGGCAACGAGGAGGCGCUGUCCUCCACCAUGGGGGUCAUGAUGGCACUGGUCUCCUUCGUUCAAGAUGGCGGAGACAACAUCCGGUCCAUCCAGGCAGACGACUACAAGGUGGUGUUCUGCCAGCACGGCCCCCUGGUGCUGGUGUCGGUGUCACGCGGCCGGCAGUCCCCCGAGCAGCUGCGCCGGGAGCUGGGCUACGUCUACUGGCAGAUUGUCAGCCUGCUGACCCGCGCCACCGUGGCCCGGAUCUUCCAGCGCAAGAAGAACUACGACCUGCGGCGCCUGCUGGCCGGCUCCGAGCGGCUGCUGGACAACCUGCUGGGCCGGCUGGAGACCGACCCGGGGCUCCUGCUGGGCGCGGUGCAGUGCCUGCCCCUGGCGCCCGGGCUCCGCGAGGCGGUCACCCAGCUCCUGCUGCGGUGCGUGACUGCCAACCUGGUCUUCUCCGUCCUGCUGGCGCGCGGGCGGCUGGUCAGCAUCGUCCAGGAGCGGGCGCUGUUGGAGGAGGCCCGCCUGGGACCGGCCGACCUCCACCUGCUCUUCAACCUGCUGGGCGGCCCGGGGGCGCCCCCGCAGGCCGGGGAAGUGUGGACGCCCGUCUGCCUGCCCGGCCUCUGCCCGGACGGCUACUUCUACGCCUACGCCUCGUCCCUGGAGGCGCCCGGCGCGGGCCUGCGGCUUCUCCUGCUCUCCACUGACCGAGGGGCCUUCUACAGUGUGGCGGCCUGCAAGAGGAGGAUCGAGGAAGGCCUCAAGGCCCAGGGGCUGCUCGCCGGGCUGCAGGCAGCGCUGAGGACGCCCUCGGGGACCGGGUCCUCCAGGCUGAGCCUGCCGGACCUGCGCCACUUCUUGUACAGGCCCCUGGACGUGGCCGGCAACCCGAGGCAUCUGGCCCAGUACGCCAGGUAACCGCGGGGGGGGCCUAGGCCAACCUCUCUCAGCCUGCCGUUCGGCCCAUCUGCAUCCACCCGCCCCACGCGGCGUCACCACUCCAAACUCACC